UAACCAUGUGAUUCCUUAGGGAUGACACCCUUCAAAGGGGCCUAAGGCUAUGCCAAGAUGUCCGAACAUGUGCCAGGUAUUCCCUCGUUAUAUAUGGUGGUUCUUUUGGAAGCCACUUCACACUGCCAAACUCACUCUUGAAAAAUUCAAUCACUCAGAGAAACCACCUCUCUGGAUAUUAACAGAAUUCCAUGGCUAUUUGGUUCGGGAAAAUCACUCGCAGCAAGCAGAUGUUUCGGCAAGUGGCUGAGGGAUUGGAUAUCCCCAAAGGUUAUUUUUCUGUAUAUGUCGGUGAGACAGAGAGGACAAGAUAUGCAGUUCCUAUCUCCUUCUUGAAGAAUCCAUCCUUCCAAAACCUGCUAUCUCAGGUCGAAGAGGAGUUUGGGUUUGAUCAUCCUAUGGGUGGACUAACCCUCCCCUGCAAGGAAGAAGUGUUCAUCAGUCUUGCUUGCCAUUUAUAGGAUCAUUUGUAUAGAACGAGUAGAAAUGACUAUAUACGGAGGAUCACAUCACUAACAUCGGUUGGAUUAUGACAAGUUUUGAAUACUAUAUUUGAACGAAUUCCUUGUAAUGUAAGGAAAAAUCUUGUUCUUCAGAUGAAUAUUGAAGUAUUCUUCCCUUA